GACUUCCUAUUGCUGUAAUUAUACGCCCAUGAGGCUAGUGCCGGGUACUAUGUCAUACACAAACACACAGUAAGAUGACACAGAGAUCUCAUCAGCCUUGAAAAAAGAGUAACAGAUCUCAGCAGUGUGAAGCAAAAGAGAGUUAAAGGACAUCGGCUCAGUACGACUCCAAGAUGGUGUACUGUCCCGUCAGCCAGAUAAAUACAAAUGUCAGCAUGUUUCACGCAUCGAACCAAACGGCCAAGAUGAGUUCUUUGAGCAUGUUUGCCAUUUCCCUCCAUGGCUUGGUCUCUACCAUUGGCAUCAUAGAAAACCUCCUCAUCCUCGGAGUAGUGGGCUUCCAUGUUCGCCGCUCCGUCAUCAGCGUCUGGAUCCUGAACCUCGCAGCCUCAGACCUGCUGGCCACCGCCUCCCUGCCCUUCUUCACCCUCUACAUGGCCCGCGGCAACACCUGGACCCUGGGCACAACCUUCUGCCGCCUCCAUUCCUCCGUCUUCUUUCUCAACAUGUUUGUCAGUGGCUUUUUGCUGGCGGCCAUUUCUAUGGACCGCUGCAUGGUGGUGCUGAAACCCGUCUGGGCACAGAACUACAGGAAUGUCCAACUUGUGGGGAAGGUAUGUGGGGUGAUUUGGGCCUUGGCUGUCCUCUUCACAAUCCCCUUCUUUAUAUUCCGUGACACCAUUCCCCUACCUAGCGGCAAGAUCUUAUGUUACUAUAAUUAUGCUCAACUCCUCCCCGCUAAACCAUUUGACCUUGGGUCUUUGUGUAAGGAACGCAAGGAGGCCUUGGCCUUCAUGAGGCUCUUUCUAGCUUUCCUGAUCCCUCUACUGCUCAUCAUCCUUAGUUAUGGUGCCGUGAACGCCAGCUUGGCGCGCAGAGGCUGCCGGCGCCCUUUCCGUUUCGUUCGGCUCGUAGUGGCCGUGGUGGUGAGCUUCAUACUCUGCUGGGCUCCGUACCACUUGUUCAUCAUCAUGGAGGUGGUCGCUCCCACUGGACAUCCUGCACAGACAUUUGCAAGCUCCGCUCUCCCAAUCUCAGCGACCAUCAGCUUCCUUAACAGUGUCCUUAACCCCGUUCUGUAUGUGUUCAGCUGCCCUGACCUAUGCAAGAAGAUUAGGCAUUCCCUGGGCGCCGUGAUGGAGAGCGUUUUGGCUGAGGAUCUGGCAGAGUUCGCUCGGCGCCGCAGCACCGCUCGCUCCUCAAUCAGCACAUCCGAGAUGAAGCAGAGGAAUUCUGUAACAAACUUAACAGGUAAAGAUCAGGAGCAGACUUACACUCUUACUGACUCUGUUCAGAACUGAUCAAAUGCGUUACGUGAUUUUUUUUAAAAUAGUACCCAAGCUGUUAUUUACUUCUUUGUAGCAGCCUUUAUUUUUAAUUUUGUAGUUUUUUUUCUCUAUAUUUGAUCUCAUUUUAGCAAAGAGCCCCUGGGUUUUCUGACCUGCUCCCUUUUGAAUUUGCUGUUGAUGAUGUGUCUUUUCACAAAUUGAGGAUACUUGUUAUCGCCAAGCAUCACUCUCAUCUGAGUACAAUAUAUUUUCAAGAAGGCUUUAUGAUGAAUCAUUUGGAGUAGUUGGAGGAGCUGGUGGGAUAACAUUUCACUGGAAUUGUACUACAUACAAUUUAAAGUGACAAAUAAUAUUGAUUGAAUGCUUGAUGGAUUCAGUAAUUUCAUACUCGCCAAUCUGCAACUGCAAAAUACUGUUUUCACUGACCUCCUGUUGCUUCCUAAUUCUCUUUGCUUCAAUUUAAUUUUUUUUCAAUCAAUGUUAAACUCAUUUUCCUGCACAAAUGUUGAAAUGAAAUGAAAACACAUGCAGCAACUAAAAUGCGAUGGGCAAAACUACUGAAAGUGAAUAGAGGUGAGCAGGUAGGCAAUGGAGCAGUUUAUUCACAAUGUAUUCCAAUAUGCUGGAAAUUAACAGAAAAAAAACUAAUUAAUAAAGAAUAAAUAUCUGUUUUGGUAAAUGUCAUUUGUUUGUGCUGGCAACGGCCCCUACUGUUAUGACCAUUGUUUGGCUUUUAUGUUUAAUUUAUGGUACUUCAAAUGUCUCAACCAUUCUUUAAAUUGCUUAUCUGACUCACUGUAGCAUACAUUGUUCAAGGAUUUACUCAGUAUUACUCUACAGUGUGUACUCUUAACCUUAUAUAUACAUAUAUUGGACUUAGAUUUACUUGAUGUAAUGUUCAUAGUUUACAUUAGUUUACAUACAUUUUUGCUUCUUUUUUUGUUCAUGGCUUUGUAAAAGAAUUGUGACUGUAAGUCAAAGAUACAUGAGGUGUCUCUUAUCAGUAUCUGCACGAGCUGAAAAGCUACAUUAUGGAGAAACAGUAUGCUCUUCUUCUUUUUUUUUCCUAAGAAUUUGCCCAUUGUGCUUAUCAUAGAGAAAUGUCUUCAUCCAUUAUUGCAUUCCAGUCAUGUAAUAUCUAAACGUUCUAAUACUGUGACAUUUCUUAACAUUAAUAAACUAAAAUAAAGAAAAGCA